CUCUCACUCUCUCACACACACACACGCACUGAGAUCAGUCGUGUUUAGUUCAGAGAAAAUGGCAAGUGGGGGUGGGUAUGAUGCUAGCCAGAAGAUAGACUAUGUGUUCAAGGUGGUGCUAAUUGGUGACUCGGCUGUCGGCAAGUCUCAGAUAUUGGCAAGGUUUGCUCGAAACGAGUUCAGUUUGGACUCCAAGGCUACCAUCGGUGUCGAGUUCCAGACUCGGACCCUUGUUAUCCAGCACAAGUCCGUCAAAGCUCAGAUCUGGGACACUGCUGGCCAAGAACGAUAUAGGGCUGUCACGAGUGCAUAUUACAGGGGAGCAGUUGGGGCUAUGUUGGUUUAUGACAUAACUAAACGACAAACGUUUGACCACGUAACCCGAUGGCUAGAAGAGUUGCGUGGUCAUGCAGACAAGAACAUUGUCAUUAUCUUGAUUGGAAACAAAACUGAUCUUGAAGACCAACGGGCAGUCCCCACUGAGGAUGCGAAAGAAUUUGCUGAAAAGGAAGGAUUGUUCUUCUUAGAAACUUCAGCACUUGAAGCAACAAAUGUGGAGACAGCAUUCUUGACUGUGUUAACCGAGAUCUUCAACAUCGUGAACAAGAAGAAUCUUGUUGCAAGUGAGGACCAAGGAAAUGGCAACCCUGCAUCCCUUUCUGGCAAGAAGAUUAUAAUUCCUGGCCCUGCACAAGAAAUCCCAGCAAGAAGCAGGAUGUGCUGUAAAUCUUCCUGAAAUGUGUGGAUAUUGGGUUUCAAGAUUUGGCAUCAUUGAUUCUAUUUACCUAGUAGUUUUUUUUUUCGAAAUGUUGGGUGUACUUUCCUGUAUAUCGUUUGUUGCUAUAUAUUUUAGUUUGCAAGAGGAAAUUGAUACAUGUUUUGAGGUGGGAAAAACUGCAUUUGGUGAGACGUGUUCGCAUUGUGUUUUUUUUUUUUUGGGGGG